CCUCCACCUUGGCGGACCAUUGGAGCUGACCCUUCUCGUUCGCAUAUGCUUUCCUAUAACACAAAUCCUCUAUCUUGCCCAUAAUGAACACCCAUCAAUUCCACGUAUCAAGUUGCCUUGGGAAACCAUGUGCAAGUUUCAACACCCAGCUUGACCAAUCGGCUAGUGGUACUGUCUCGCCUUUUCCUCAAAGUUCCCCUGAUCCCCACCCCGUCUCCAACAUUUUCCGAGGGGGAGAACCGUGCAUAGGGUCGCAGUUGUUGAACGUUUUGCUGACGAGGUCUAUCAGCAAGAGUGGCCACGAAACAAAUGAUUGACAGACUGAAAUCUUUCAUAAGUAUCUGAGCUUCGCUUACACCAUCACCUAUGAAGCCUUUGAGCAUUUGUUCAGCGGUAGGAGAUUUGCUUGUCCAGAUAUGAUGUGAAACCCGUUUUUAUUCAUACAUAUUUCAAGGUCGUCGUG